AGCAAGCCAAAAAAUUGGUGGAUUUAUUACUUCCAUAUCUUCAAAAGUUACCUCGAUUUGUUACCGAACAAACAAAAGCACAUAUUUUGAGAAUAAUUACAAAAUUUUUACACAUCAUUCCAGGAUUCGAGCCAUCCAAUGAAUUAUUUACAAAAUAUUAUGAUCUUAUUUCUAAAGAGCUUUCUACGCUUCGCUCGCGAGAAUGCCGUGAUCUUUUGAUUGAAGUUCUCGAAGAAUUUUCAAAAUUAGAUAAUACUUUGCAGGAAACGGUAGAAUUUAUUAAAGAUAUUAAUUCUUUCUCGACAAUUAGAUUAAAUGAACCGGACUUUGAAAGACGAUUAGAUGCUUUUAAUC